ACUAUGUAUCCUUGAUGCUCAACCUGUUGGUGAACUUCAAGGAGCUGAAGUCUGUCGCUCGUCUCUGUCUGGGUCACAGGCUAAUCGGGAUCCAUUUUGCAGAGCUCAUCCAUAACAAAAUGUCGGACACAGAAGAAGUCAUGGACGAGGAAGUCCAGGAGGAAGAAGCACAAGAGGAGGCAACAGAUGAGUCAAAGCCGAAGCCGAAGUUUAUGUCAAAUAUUUCCGCUCCAAAGAUCCCUGAUGGUGAAAAAGUGGAUUUUGAUGACAUCCACAGGAAGCGUCAGGAGAAGGAUCUGUCUGAGCUGCAGUCUCUGAUCGAGGCUCACUUCAUCCAGAGGAAGAAGGAGGAGGAGGAGCUCAUCGCCCUCGUUAACAGAAUUGAGAAACGUCGUGCUGAGAGAGCAGAGCAGCAAAGGAUCCGGGCAGAGAGAGAGAAGGAGAGGCAGGCCAGACUGGCGGAGGAGAAGGAGCGGAAAGAGCUGGAGGAGCAGCGUAAGAAGCACGAUGAGGACGCCAAGAAGAAGAAGGCGCUUUCAAACAUGACCCAGCAGUACAGUGCUGGACAAAAGAGUGAGAACCGAAGAGGAGGCAAGAAACAAACUGAGAGGGAGAAGAAGAAGAAGAUCCUGGCCGACCGCAGGAAGCCUCUCAACGUUGAUCACCUGAAUGAGGAUAAACUCAAGGAGAAGGCCAAUGAGCUGUGGCAGUGGCUGAUGGGGCUGGAGGCCGAGAAGUUUGAUCUCAGCGAGAAACUCAAAAGACAGAAGUACGAUAUUAACCAGCUUCUCUGCCGAGUCCAGGACCACCAGAGCGCCAAAGGUCGUGGCAAGGGCAAGAUGGGUGGCCGGCUGAGGUAAAGGGCCAGCCAGACAGGGGCGAGGCAGACCGAGAAACCAGUGAUUGGUCCACGUGUCUGUUAUGUGUGUAUUCAUUGUUCUGUUGUGUUGGGUUACAUGUCAAUCAUCAUGAUAUCAAAACAAUAAAUAAGUCACUAAAUCCACUCUGCUGCCUCUCUGCAAACUAUGCUGGGUGUCUGUUUCUGUGUUAUUCAGUCCAACACACAACAUAUUUAUACAAAAACACAAGCAGCUGCAAUCAUUCAGCAAAAGCUCACUGAAUGUAUUCAAACCUCGAACCUUUAUAAAAAUUUAUAAGAAAGCUUGUUGAAUAAGGACAUGUCAACAGAGACAAAUGUGGGUGUGAUGAAGAAUAGUUCAGUGUCUACAGAAAGAUAAUGCUGUGUGUGUAAAAAUGGUAUUUUCCCAAUAAAAAUAUCUAUUUCUUU